AAGGCCACAAGGGGGUGUCUGGGAUGACGGUGUCUCCGGGCAGGGUGACACGGAGGCGCCUUAUCUCUGCCCACAGCCGAGCCUGGGGCUGUAGGGAGCCAAUCUGGGGAGAGCACCCUUCCUCCAGCCAGGGUGGGGCCGAGAGACUGGGGAAGAGCUGAUCCAGCCCCCCAGCUCCAGCCAGGACAGCUGCCUUCAGAGCCCUCGGCGUCACGCUGGCCGCGGGCCCUUCACCCCAGGGUGUGCAGAGUCCUCUCGGCCAGCCUGCGGGAGUCCUGGUCGCUGCCACUGAUGGUUACCUGAGCCGCUGUCUCCGCCCCGGUGUAGCUGGGACUGGGGGCCUGCAUGCUGCUCUCUGCUCUGCCCCUGGCUGGGCCACUUCAGGUUCCUAGGAGGCGAGUGCGGACGGUAUGCAAAGUUGUGAAUCCAGUGGCGACAGUGCGGAUGACCCUCUCAGUCGUGGCCUGCGGAGAAGGGGACAGCCUCGUGUGGUGGUGAUCGGCGCCGGCUUGGCUGGCCUGGCUGCGGCCAAAGCGCUUCUGGAGCACGGCUUCACCGAUGUCACUGUGCUCGAGGCUUCUAGCCGCAUCGGAGGCCGCGUGCAGAGCGUGAACCUCGGACACGCCACCUUUGAGCUGGGAGCCACCUGGAUCCAUGGCUCCCACGGGAACCCUGUCUAUCAUCUAGCCGAAGCCAACGGCCUCCUGGAAGAGACGACCGAUGGGGAGCGCAGCGUGGGCCGCAUCAGCCUCUACUCCAAGAAUGGCGUGGCCUGCUACCUUACCAACCACGGCCAGAGGGUCCCCAAGGACGUGGUUGAGGAAUUCAGCGAUUUAUACAACGAGGUCUAUAACAUGACCCAGGAGUUCUUCCGGCACGGUAAACCAGUCAACGCUGAGAGUCAGAACAGCGUGGGGGUGUUCACCCGGGAGGAGGUGCGCAACCGCAUCAGGGCUGACCCUGACGACCCCGAGGCCACCAAGCGCCUGAAGCUCGCCAUGAUCCAGCAGUACCUGAAGGUGGAGAGCUGCGAGAGUAGCUCGCACAGCAUGGACGAGGUGUCCCUGAGUGCCUUUGGGGAGUGGACCGAGAUCCCCGGCGCCCACCACAUCAUCCCCUCGGGCUUCAUGCGGGUUGUGGAGCUGCUGGCCAAGGGCAUCCCGGCCCACGUCAUCCAGCUGGGCAAGCCCGUCCGAUGCAUUCACUGGGACCAGGCCUCGGCCCGCGCCCGGGGCCCUGAGAUCGAGCCCCGGGCCGAGGGCGACCACAACCACGACAGCGGGGAGGGCGGCCAGGCCGGGGAGGGGCCCCGGGGCAGCGGGCCGGACGAGGACGAGCGCUGGCCGGUGAUGGUGGAGUGCGAGGACUGCGAGGUGGUCCCGGCCGACCACGUGAUCGUGACCGUGUCCCUGGGCGUACUCAAGAGACAGUACCCCAGCUUCUUCCGGCCAGGCCUGCCCACCGAGAAGGUGGCCGCCAUCCACCGCCUGGGCAUCGGCACCACCGACAAGAUCUUCCUGGAAUUCGAGGAGCCCUUCUGGGGCGCCGAGUGCAACAGCCUGCAGUUCGUGUGGGAGGACGAGGCCGAGAGCUGCACCCUCACCUACCCGCCCGAGCUCUGGUACCGCAAGAUCUGCGGCUUCGACGUGCUCUACCCGCCCGAGCGCUACGGCCACGUGCUCAGCGGCUGGAUCUGCGGCGAAGAGGCCCUCGUCAUGGAGAGGUGUGAUGACGAGGCGGUGGCUGAGGUCUGCACGGAGAUGCUGCGGCAGUUUACAGGGAACCCCAACAUUCCCAAGCCACGGCGGAUCCUGCGCUCGGCCUGGGGCAGCAACCCCUAUUUCCGCGGCUCCUAUUCGUACACGCAGGUGGGCUCAAGCGGGGCAGACGUGGAGAAGCUGGCCAAGCCCCUGCCCUAUACAGAGAGCUCCAAGUCAGCGCCCAUGCAGGUGCUGUUCUCCGGGGAGGCCACCCACCGCAAGUACUACUCCACCACCCACGGUGCUCUGCUCUCCGGCCAGCGCGAGGCCGCCCGCCUCAUCGAGAUGUACCGAGACCUCUUCCAGCAGGGGCCCUGAGGGCUGGCCUCGCGGGGCAGCAUCCCCUGAGCAGCCACUGGCUGACUCGUGACUGCCGUGGGCUCCUGGCUCCCUCAUCCUCUGUAGAGUGGAUUUUUAUCUCUUGUAGACUCCGACACCCUGACCGGCUCCAGACCUGGCCCUGUAGCUUUCCCUCCCUCCAGGCCGGGCUGUGACCAGGUGUGUCCUGUGGCUCGCCCUCUGUGCUUUGACCACUGCCCCCCUCCCACCCCUGCCCUCUUGUUCUUGCAAGUGCCUUCAAUACUUUGAAUUUUGGGAUAAUAAACGAGGCGACCCUUCC